ACGCCCCGUCCGGACCUCGCUGGGUUCCCGAGUUCCUGAGUCGUGUGCAUCGGCAACGGUAGUGACGCGUAUUGCCCGGAGGAUGGCGGACACCGGCUUGCCCCGCGUGGUUCCCAGCGACCUGUAUCCCCUCGUGCUCGGCUUUCUGCGCGAUAACCAGCUCUCGGUGGUGGCCAAGAAGUUCGCCAAGGCAACAGGCGCUACCCCGCAGGAUGCCAAUGCCUCUUCCCUCUUGGACAUCUAUAGCUUCUGGCUCAAUAGGUCCACCAAGGCUCCAAAGCGGAAAUUACAAGCAAAUGGACCUGGACCAGUGACUAAGAAGGCUAAAAAGAAGGCUUCAUCCAGUGAGAGCAGUGAAGACAGCAGUGAGGAGGAGAAAGCCCAAGGACCUCCAGCUAAGAAAGUUGCUGUACCUGCCAAGCGUGCCAGUCUACCUCAGCCUCCUGGAAAGGCUUCAGCCAAUGCAUCAGAGAGCAGCAGCAGUGAAGAAUCCAGUGAUGAGGAGGAAGAGGAGGACAAAAAGAAAAAGCCCGUCCAGAAGGUAGUUAAGCCCCAAACCAAGGCGGUCAGAACUCCUCCGAAGAAGGCCGAGAGCUCUGAUUCUGACUCUGACUCUGACUCAAGCUCAGAGGACGAGGCACCAAAGAGCCAGAAGCCAAAGGCAACACCCAUGGCGGCUAAAGCUCAGGCUAAAGCCCCAGCCAAGCCAGGCACACCCACUCGAGCAGCACCUAAAAUAGCAAAUGGCAAAGCAGCUAGCAGUAGUAGCAGCAGCAGCAGUGAAGACUCAGAGGAGGAGAAGGCAGCAGCCAUCUCUAAGAAGACUGUGCCUAAAAAGCAAGUAGCAGCCAAGACUCCAGUGAAAGCAGCUGCCGCCCCUACCCAAAAGAGUUCCAGCAGUGAGGACUCCUCGAGUGAGGAGGAGGAAGAAGAGAAGCAGAAAAAGCCCAUGAAGAAAAAACCAGGUCCAUAUAGUUCAGUCCCUCCGCCUUCUGCUCCCCAACCCAAAAAGUCCCUGGGAACCCAGGCUUCCAAGAAAGCUGCAGAGAAGAAACAGCCCGAAGAGAGCAGUGACAGCAGUGAUGAAUCUGAUUCAAGCUCUGAAGAAGAAAAGAAGCCGCCAGCUAAGCCAGGCAUCUCUAAAGCAGCUACUAAACCAGCUCCGGCAAAGAAGGCAGCAGAGAGCUCUUCCGACAGCUCAGACUCUGACAGUUCUGAGGAAGAAGCUCCUGCCAAGCCAGCCAGUGCCACAAAAAAUCCCGCAAGUAAGCUAGCUACCACUCCUAAGCAGCCUGCAGCCAAGACGGCCACAGCCCUCAAGCAGCCUGCAGGCAGUGGCCAGAAGCCUCUGACCAGAAAGGCUGAUAGCAGCUCCAGUGAGGAGGAGAGCAGUUCUAGUGAGGAGGAGGAGGAGGACGUGGGGAAGGCCAAGAAGACAGUGACCACCCCUAAGGCCAAGGUGAUGGCCAAAGCAGCACCAUCUGUGCCUGCCAAACAGUCCUCUCAGGGUGGUGGGGACAGCAGCUCUGAGUCAGACAGCUCCAGCAGUGAGGAAGAGGAGGAAGAGAAGGCAUCUAAACCUCCAGCUAAAAAGAAGCCACCGAAGACAGCGGGAGCUGUGGCCCCUUCCAAGCCAGCCUCCACAAAGACAGCAAAGGCCAAGAGCAGCAGCAGUUCUUCAGAUGACUCCAGUGAAGAGGAGGAGGAGGAGAAGCCCGAGGGCAAGGGUACUCCUAAACCAAAAGCCCUCAAAACCAAUGGCACCGUCACACCACCUGCCCAGAAUGGAAAAGCAGAUAGGAUCAGCAACAAGCAGGAGGCAGGAAAGACCAAGGCAGCAGUAGCAGUUUCUCAGCCAGGUUUAGGAAAGAAACGAAAGCAGAAUGAGGCUGCCACGGAGGCAGAGACUCCUCCAGUAAAGAAGAUAAACCCUCAGACCCCUAACACAUUUCCAAAAAGGAAGAAAGCAGAAAAAAGGGCAUCAUCUCCAUUCCGAAGGAUCAGGGAGGAGGAAAUUGAGGUGGAUGCUCGAGUGGCAGACAACUCCUUUGAUGCCAAGCGAGGUGCAGCCGGAGACUGGGGGGAACGAGCCAAUCAGGUCCUGAAGUUCACCAAAGGCAAAUCCUUCCGGCAUGAGAAGACCAAGAAAAAGCGGGGCAGUUACCGGGGAGGCUCCAUCUCUGUCCAGGUUAAUUCAAUCAAGUUUGACAGCGAGUGACCUGGAGUGACCUGGCAACGCAGGGGUGAUGAUCCAAGACUACUGUCCCCAGUGGACCUAGGAGCCCUCAGCUCUGUUAGUGGGGAACAUCCUCUCUGGUCCUUUUCUGUGUGUGUAGUUUUGUACAGAUUUGUUUGUGAGUGUUGAGUAGCAAGGACAAGGUAAGGGGAGUGUUCUUUUUUAAUAAAAAUUAGUUUUAGUUGUCAUUCCCUUCUCCCUGUUUUGUGGAAGUCCUCAUGCUGAGAAAUUUGUAUAUUUUCUAUUGAAUCAUUUCCUAUUGAUUUUUGUUGUGAUUUUUCAGAAGUGGGUUCCCAUAGAUAAAAGGUAUUGCUCAAGACAUCCUAAAGGUUACAUGUGUGAAUAUUUAUAAUUGGAGAAUUCUGCCUAUGUGAAAUGUCCACAUUUCAUCCCUCCGGUCACUCAGCCCUGGUGAGGGGCAGUUGAGAAUGGUUUAAUGUAUAUGUCUGUUAAGCAUGCACUGUGUAGUUCUUCCUCAUUCAUGCGGUCUAAGACUGAAGUUUUUAGCCAGCAUGGAUGUAGCUAGUUUGGGGUAUAAAAUCAGCUGUUUUGUUACAGGCAAAAUUAUGGUGUAGUGUGAAUGCUGUGGAGUCAGUCUGAAUAGUUUGUUUUCUGUAAUUUUAUCAUUAUUAUGGAAUAUUUGCAAUACCUGUUUUUUUAUUUGAAAGCAUAAACUUUUCUAUUGUUCAAAGACUUGUUUUGAUAACUUGACCCUUAAACAGUGUUGAGUACUAAAUUGAAAACUGCAUCAUCUGAUUUUUUAUAUUUUAGAGAACAAAAUAACAUUAAUUUAAUCUGGAAAGUACAUAUCACUUGGUAUGUAUCUUGGUCGCAGUAGUGACACAAAAUUGGUUUCAAUAAUUCCUGUGUGAUUGGGAAUCAUUGAUUAAGAAAGUGAAAUAAGAAAAAUAACCUCGAUCCUCAGUAGGAAUUAGAUUAUAUUAGGUAAAUUUAUAGGUCACCUAUGUAUGUGCUAAUGAAAAUGGGAAGAACCUUUACAAAGCAUAUUAUCUGGUAAAACUUGAAUAGAGUGGGUUUGGGAGAGCAUCCUAAUAGGACUAAUGUGUCUUGUAAUUGCUACGUGGGAGCAAGUGAUGUGCCCCUUUCAGAACCUUAACUGUCAGUAACAGUGAGGGAACAGCAAACACCAGUGAGCAGAGCUGUGGUGGGCUAGGCUGGCUGAUGGUGAAGCUCAGGCCGAGCACAGUGGAGAAGGAAGUCAGCAAACGCGGCGGGGCUGUCCCUGUGGUGGGAAGGUGCGUCCAGUGUCAUGGAUGAGGUAUAGGUCCUGAAAGGAACCUCUCCUCUUUUGGAUUCCAUUCUCUCCAAAGAACCUGAUAAUAACCUGGUUUUCCAUGUAACUGCCUCCAGGUAGGAAAUGCUCUGUUCAUGCUGAUAUAGGUGUUUCAGUCUGCAUGGUAAAAGUUACACAUCUUACUACAAAUUAAUAAACUGGUUGGUUUCUAAA